GAUGUUUUAUCAACUAGUUUUAGGAUCUGUGAGUCUCCCACCAUAUGCUCUCCGAAUCUGGUUGCAGCUUCGCAGAAUGGGUGCUUCUCAACAUUUUCUAGAGUUCAACCUUCAAACCGGUCCACGCAAUUAACUUCAUCAACAUGAUACGUUUCUUACACUUCAAGGGAUUUACGCACACUCGUACACAUUACAUAUGAAGAUCGAGUCGAUCGACAUCCCUAGUGUGCAUCAGAAGUUUAAAAUUAUACAUGUUUAUGAUAUUUUUGUUGCUCUUCUAAUUGAUUAUUAUCUAAUUAGGCCUGCGCUGGUUAUGAUGUUUAUUGGUACAUUUGUUCUUUCCAAAUACUCCUAUGGCACUUAUGAGAUGCAGCUUCACACUUGUGGUGUAUGUUAGAUGUCUAAUUUUUAUAUUUUAAUUUAUUUUUGAUAGAUAUCUAAAGUUGAAAGUGGAAGCCUUAAAGAAAUACUGUAGCAGAGUCGGUGUUGAUUUUGAUUUAACAUAAAAUCUUCGUGGUGGGGGCUAAACCAAACUGGUCCCAUUUCAAUUCCUUAAUUUAAUGAGAUUUCACAUUGUCUCAGCUCAUCAACACUGUUCUUUCUCCUUUGUUUUUUUAGGGUAAAUUGCUCAUCAUUAUCCUUAAUUUCAGUAGGACUUUUGCGACUCCUCUUUCCUUUCACUUCCUUCCAUUUUUCAUACGUCGUAUCAUUUCUGGUAGGAACAAAUUAGAGAUGUGUGAGUGUAGUACUGUCUACACUCUACUUGCCAAGUUGCUUUCACUAAGGCUAUAUUUGGUAGGGUGGGUUUGAAAGGGAAGGAUAAGAUUAGUUAUGAGGGAAAUGGAAGGCAAGGGAAGGGAAGGAUAAUUUUAAUUUAGUAUUGUGUUUGGUUGAUUAAGGAAGGAAAAGGAAGGGAAGGAUAAUAAUUAUGUUUGGGGAAAGAAAGGAAAGGAAAGUAUUUCGGUAAAUUUACUAUUAUACCCUUUUAUAAUUUAAAAUAAAAAUUAAUAACUUAAGUAUGUAAUAUUUGUAAAAAAAAAAAAAAAAAAAAAAAAAAGAAAAUAAAAGAAAAAGAAAAAGAAAAGAAAAAUAUUAAUAUAAAUAUAAUAUUUUUAGGGUCAUCAUUUUAGGGUCCCCGCCUCCAUCUCUAUUCUCGUUCUCUCUCUGCAACACUCUCUCUCUUUUGCAACUGCAAACCACAAAACUACAACAAUCCAAGUUCCAAACCCAUAUGUUUAUCUAUCAUUUGCAAGAAUCAAAGGUUCAAAACCCAUAUCCGCAUAUUGUUUCAGAUUGUUCCAAAAAUCAAAACCCAUAUCUUUCAGUUUCUCUUGCCCGCUGUUCUAGUUUGGGUUCGCCGUUUCCAUCGCCGGUUGUUCCAGUUCGGGUUCGCUGUACGCAAGUUUCAGCCGCUGUAAGCUUCCCCCCUCUCUUUCUCUGUGCAAUGGCUAACUUAUAUGUACGGGUUUUGUUUUGCUAAAUCAACCAAUUAAGGUCUGUAAUUCUUGUUUUGCUUAACUAAAUCCUUGAUUUUGUGUGGGUAAAAUUGGCAUCACGAUUAUCACAUGUGCCAUUGCCUUCCUUUUCCUUCCGUUUCCGCCCAUUUUUGAGAGGUUAACAAAUCUACUGUUCAAGCCUUGCCUUAACCCUCCAAACCCUUCCCUCUCCUUUCCUUCCCUUCCACCAAUUUUACCCAAACACAAUUUUUUUAUAACCUUCCAUCACCUUCCCUUCCCUUUCCCUUCAAACCCACUCUACCAAACUGAGCCUAAAUGACUAGUACAAUCUAGCUGAUGGCAUGACCUACCUUACAAGGUCCAUAUUUCACACUUCACAGGCUUAUGAGAAAAUUCAACCAUCUCAGCAUAGAGAACCAACUGGAGAAAUAAUUAUAUAUAACCUCAUUCAACCUAUGAUGGCCAUAAUCCAUACAUUUCACUAGUUUUCAGAAUUCUUGAAUCAUAUCACUAUUAGCCCCUGAAUAUGUAUGCAUGUAUAUAUAAUAUUAUAUAUAUAUAGUUUCUUUGAUUUGCUUUACUUGAAGUAUCCAAUAUUGUCGAACUUUCCUUAAAAAUCAAAUGGCGCAUUCAGGUUUGAGCUCAAAAUUAUUUUGGUCACAUAUAAAUGUUUCCAUACAUGUCAUACUCCUAUAUUGCAUGAGCUUGCUGCAACCAGGCUUUCCUGUCUCCUCAGCCACUUCAAGGCUAGGAGGGAAUGAGACAGAUCAACUUGCAUUGCUUGCAUUCAAGGCCGGAAUAAAGAAUGAUCCUCACCAGUUUCUGAGCUCAUGGAAUAGAUCCAUUCACUACUGCCAGUGGCAAGGCGUUACAUGUGGUCGCCUCCACCAGGGGAGGGUCACCGUGGUAGACCUGCAGUCCCAGAAUCUGGUUGGGGCCAUAUCGCCACACCUCGGGAAUUUGAGCUUUCUUAGGGUGUUAAGGCUGCAAAACAAUAGCUUCAGCCACAAAAUCCCCCCAGAACUUGCCCAUUUGCACAGGCUGCAAAUUUUGCGCCUGAACAAUAAUUCGCUGGUUGGCGAAAUCCCUACCAAUAUGUCUGGUUGCUCCAACCUCCUUACUCUUGAUUUAUCUAACAACAUGUUGACAGGAAAAAUCCCAACAGAGCUUUAUGCCUUGUCUAAGCUCGAAGCAAUUUUUUUUGAUGGUAACAGUUUAUCAGGACCCAUCCCUCCUGCUUCAGGAAAUCUCUCCUCUCUUCUGGUAUUCUUCGUAAACAAAAAUAGCUUGGAAGGAAGCAUUCCUGAGGCUCUAUGCCAGUUGAAAAACCUGAAAUAUCUUGUAGUGAGAGAAAAUAGAUUCUCUGGUACCAUUCCUUCUUCACUUUUUAAUCUCUCUUCUAUUAUGGCUAUUGACCUUGGAAGCAACCAAGUCCAAGGGAGUCUUCCCUCUGACUUGGGCAUCACUCUGCCUAAUCUCCAAUUUUUCAGCAUUUUUGACAACGAAUUCACAGGUCCCUUUCCCGAUUCAGUAUCGAAUGCCACAAAUCUAGUUGCCUUUGUAGCUGGUUAUAAUCAUCUCACUGGAAAAGUGCCUACCCUGGAAAAUCUGCAUGGACUUCAGAGGUUUACCAUUGGUUUCAAUAGUCUUGGAGGUGGGAAAGCCGAUGACUUGAGUUUUCUAGCCUCUUUGACUAAUGCCACAAGUUUAGAGACGUUGGGGCUGACUCAAAACAACUUUGGAGGGGUGUUGCCAGAGUCCAUCGGCAACCUGUCAACCAAGCUUGCAUAUUUGACUUUAUCAUCCAAUCAAAUAUCUGGAAACAUCCCAGCAGGGAUAUUGAAUCUCAUCAGCUUGGAGGCCUUAUAUUUGGCAGCCAACCAAUUCACUGGUAACAUUCCCACUGACAUUGGGAAGCUUCAAAAGUUACAAGAAUUGGCUUUUCUGGAGAACAAUUUCUCGGGAAACAUUCCAUCCUCCCUUGGAAAUUUAACUUUACUAACCAAACUCGGUUUGGGAGAGAAUAAUUUCCAUGGUGGCAUCCCUUCGAGUCUGGGCAAAUGCCAAUAUUUGGAAUUAUUGGAUCUUGGUCGAAACAACCUUAGUGGUACAAUACCACAAGAAAUCUUUGAUCUCUCCUCUUUAUCGAUCACUCUAGACCUAUCUCAUAACCAUUUGAGUGGCUCACUUCCCAUGGAAGUUGGAAACUUGAAGAAUCUCGAAUACUUGGAUGUUUCCAUGAACAAUUUAUCCAGCAAAAUCCCUGAUGGUCUCGGUAGCUGUGUAAGAUUGGAAACACUGUAUUUGCAGCGCAACUUCCUUCAAGGCACCGUUCCUUCGUCUCUAACGUCUUUGAGAGGUAUUCAAAACUUAGAUCUCUCUUACAACAAUUUGUCAGGUGAAAUUCCAGAAUAUAUGGCGGGCUUUGACUUCUUGCAGCAGUUAAAUAUCUCUUUCAAUGAUUUUGAGGGUGAGGCACCAAGAGAAGGCAUCUUUAAGAAUGCAAGUGCAAUCUCCAUCAUUGGAAACAGAAAGCUCUGUGGGGGUGUACCUGAAUUGCAUCUACCUAAAUGCAGCUUCAAAGGGACUAAAAAGAGGAGGCGAGUUCUAUCUUUGAAGUUAAUAGUCACUAUAGCAUGUGUGCUUCUAGGACUAGCUUUGCUGUCAUGUUUUCUAUAUCUUUUCUGGUGUAGGAAGAGAAGGAAGGAGCCUCCUUCGGGUUCACCAGAAAGUUCGAUUUUGAGAGUGUCUUACCAGAGUCUGCUUAAAGCCACUGGUGGAUUUUCGACAGCCAAUUUGAUUGGUGUGGGUAGUUUUGGAUCUGUGUAUAGAGGGACUUUUGAUGAUGGAAAAAUUGUUGCUGUGAAGGUACUUAACAUGUUGCGCCGCGGAGCUUCCAAGAGUUUCAUUGCCGAGUGUGAGGCUUUGAGGAGCAUCAGACAUCGUAAUCUUGUCAAGUUGCUAACCGCGUGUUCAAGUUCAGAUUUUCAGGGUAAUGAUUUCAAAGCUCUGGUUUAUGAGUUCAUGGCUAAUGGGAGUCUGGAGGAGUGGCUGCAUGGAAGUCCAAGAGAGGAUACCAUGCACGAUGAGCCCAGGAAGUUAAACCUUCUUCAGAGAUUAAAUAUUGCCAUUGACGUCGCUUCUGCUCUGGAAUAUCUUCAUCAUCAUUGUGAAACACAGAUAAUUCAUUGUGAUCUCAAGCCAAGCAAUGUUCUUCUCGACAGUGAAGUGACUGGGCAUGUUAGUGACUUUGGGUUGGCUAAAUUGUUGGCGGAAGCCACCCACGGUUCUUCUACGAAUCAAACAAGCUCUAUUGGAGUAAGAGGAUCAAUUGGUUAUACAGCUCCAGAGUAUGGUAUGGGAAGUGAGGUGUCGGCAUAUGGUGAUGUGUACAGCUUUGGCAUCCUCCUUUUAGAAAUGUUCACCGAGAUGAGACCCACCGAUGCCAUGUUUAAAGAUGGUUUAAAUCUUCGUAACUUUGUCAAUGCAGCUUUGGCUGACAGAGUGACAGAGAUUGCAGAUCCAAUACUUCUGCAAGAAAGUGAAGAGCACAAUAGUAUUAAAAAUGAGAAACUUCAAGAGUGCUUGGUUCCCAUAUUUACAGUUGGAAUUGCUUGUUCUGCAGAAUUGGCAAGAGAACGAAUGAACAUUCGUGAUGUUGUAGUCAAGUUGAAUUUGGUGAGGGCCAUUCUUCUUGACACCGGAAUACGCGGAGACAAAAGGGCUACAAGUAGGCACUAAUCUUGAAAUAUAUUGUUGUCCGAGCAAUUGAUUUAAGGUAAAAAAAAAAAAAAAAAUUGCAUUAGUUUUGGUUUCACUUUUCAUUCAGGUCAACUCAAUUCUAUGCUGUGUAUCUGAAAAAUGAUCCUGUAUGGUCAUAUUCUUCCAUUAGUGCAUGGAUAAAAGGUCAUUUUAUAUGUCAUGUGGAAAUUGGUAGCAUUUAGAUGGGCAUAUUUCUUUGUUCUAA